GUACAAUUUUGGUGACAAACCAGCAGUUAAGCCAUUUAAAUUUUAUCGUAACACAAGUGAAAUUUACUAUGGAGCAAACCGAGGUGAUGAAGCCCGAAACUUUAAAUGAUUUAAUUAAAGUUUUGCAUCAGAUUUUUUCUAGCGAUACAGUUAAUGUUGAAGAGGUGCAGAACCUAAUGGAAUCAUAUGAGAGUAAACCUCAGGAAUGGAUGGCAUAUGCACAGUUUGACAAGUUCAGAUACACAAGGAACCUUGUUGAUGAGGGAAAUGGAAAGUUCAAUCUCAUGAUUUUAUGUUGGGGAGAAGGUCAUGGCAGCAGUAUCCAUGAUCACACAGAUUCCCACUGCUUCAUGAAGCUGCUCCAGGGCCAAUUGAAAGAAACCCUCUUUGAAUGGCCUGAUCAUAAAAUAAAUGGAGGGAUGACUAAGAAAUCAGAAAGGGUCUUACAAGAAAACCAGUGUGCUUAUAUCAGUGAUUCCAUUGGCCUGCACCAAGUGGAAAAUGUGAGCCACACAGAGCCUGCUGUCAGCCUUCACUUGUACAGCCCUCAAUUCGACCACUGCAACACUUUCGAUCAAAGGACAGGGCACAGAAACACUGUCAAAAUGACAUUCUGGAGCAAAUACGGAGAAAGAACUCCAUUUGAAACCACUGUCUCACGAGAAAACAACUGAAGGACCCAAUUGAAUAAACCUUGUUGGUGUCAAUCCAGGCAAGAUCCCCAGUUCUUUGCUGGCCAUGCAGAAAGAUAAAAUGAAGAAGUUCUAAAGGUGUCAAUAAUUAGAGCAUGCAUAUUACAUCACUUUUUGAUCCUAACUAAUGCUGAUUGAUGGACACUGAAUCAUUGAAUAGUGGUGUUAGAGUUAGCAGAGGGAUAGAUCUACUCUUUGUUUAGUAAGCUCUGAGAAAACACCCUGCCAAUAACAUAAUUCUUUUUCAAUCAAGCUUAUUCCCUGACUUGUGUAAUUCCACUUUGUACUUUGAUAGCGAAAAGCAGUUUUCAGUGUAAGGGUUGUCCUCUUGUGGAUGUAAUAAAUAAUAAUUUCUUUUUUUUUUAAUUAUUAUUAUUCUGUGCCAACAGUAACAGAGUAGAACAAUAAUAUGUUUUUAACAAACAAAAAAAUAACAUGUUUUUUAUUAAACCUGUAGAUCUGUUGAUUGUGUCACAGAAAUUUAUUGUACUAUCAUUCAAAGUCGCUUAUCAGAUAAAUUGUACAGUUUGCUAAUGCUGAAAGUAUUUUUUUUAAAUGUAAAAUCCUAUUUUAGAUGUUUUAUUUUUAGCUACAAUAAAAAGUCAUGUUUACAGAGAA